GCGGUGCCGAGCGCUGGUUGAGCCGGGCGUCUGUAGGCCGGCGCGGCGGUGGUGGUGAGGAGACCAGGGCUAGGGCGGAGGGCGGAACUUUCGGGCCCGGAACGGCGGGGUGGCCGGAACGUACGGUGUGGACCGCGCUCCGGGCGCGUGAGGCCGAGAAGAGCGGCCGGGCCGGGACUGCACAGUGGGCCCGAGCCCCCGAAAUCCCGGACGGGGCGUCCCCAGCCGGGGCCGGCUGACAUCCCACCCACCCCCGGGCGCUCCGAAGAGGUAGGGGAAGGUCCAGGCCCUGCUGGUUGGGGACGCCUGGGACCGGCUCCCACCUCCCACGUUCGUACAGCGCCCUCCGUGUCCAAGGGCUAGGGCCGGCGGCGAGGCUGGGGCUUGCUCCCUGGUUGUAGAUGGCAGGAUUUCUAUGGUAUAUCUAGUAUGAGUUCCAGAUCUUGGCCUUUUAUCCAACUUCAACAGUCACAUCUCCACCUUCUGGAGGAUAAAUGGGAUUUGCAUAAAUUCUAAAUUCUGAACUGAAAACAGGCUGCAUUGCUAAUAUCCUUUUCUUCUGGUUGUUAUCAACAGCUUCUCAGAAAAUUAAAUGUCGUCAGAAGAUCGAGAAGCUCAGGAGGAUGAAUUGCUGGCCCUGGCGAGUAUUUAUGAUGGAGAUGAAUUUAGAAAAGCAGAGUCUGUCCAAGGUGGAGAAACCAGGAUCUAUUUGGACUUGCCACAAAAUUUCAAGAUAUUUGUGAGCGGCAAUUCAAAUGAGUGUCUCCAGAAUGGUGGCUUUGAAUACACCAUUUGCUUUCUGCCUCCACUUGUGCUGAACUUUGAACUGCCACCAGAUUAUCCAUCCUCCUCCCCACCUUCAUUCACACUUAGUGGCAAAUGGCUGUCACCAACUCAGCUCUCUGCUCUCUGCAAGCACUUAGACAACCUGUGGGAAGAACACCGUGGCAACGUGGUCCUGUUCGCUUGGAUGCAGUUUCUUAAGGAAGAAACGCUAGCAUACCUGAAUAUUGUCUCUCCUUUUGAGCUCAAGAUGGGUUCUCAGAAAAAGGUGCAGAGAAGGACGGCUCAGGCCUCUCCCAGCAUGGAGCUAGAGUUUGGAGGAGCUGCUGGAUCAGAUGCAGAGCAAGAGGAGGCUGUGGAUGAGAGAGCUGUGCAGGAUGUGGAAUCCUUGUCGAGUCUCAUCCAGGAAAUCUUGGACUUUGAUCAAGCUCAGCAGAUAAAAUGCUUUAACAGUAAAUUGUUCCUGUGCAAUAUCUGUUUCUGUGAGAAGCUGGGGAGUGAAUGCAUGUACUUCUUGGAAUGUAGGCAUGUGUACUGCAAAGCCUGUCUAAAGGACUACUUUGAAAUCCAGAUCAGAGAUGGCCAAGUUCAGUGCCUCAACUGCCCAGAACCCAAGUGCCCUUCCGUGGCCACUCCUGGUCAGGUCAAAGAGCUAGUGGAAACAGAGUUAUUUGCCCGUUACGACCGUCUUCUCCUCCAGUCCACCUUGGACCUGAUGGCGGAUGUGGUGUACUGCCCCCGCCCGUGCUGCCAGCUGCCUGUGAUGCAGGAGCCUGGCUGCACCAUGGGCAUCUGCUCCAGUUGCAAUUUUGCCUUUUGUACCUUGUGCAGAUUGACUUACCACGGGGUCUCUCCAUGUAAGGUGACUGCAGAGAAAUUAAUGGACUUGAGAAAUGAGUACCUGCAAGCAGAUGAGGCCAAUAAAAGAUUUUUGGAACAGAGGUAUGGUAAGAGGGUGAUUCAGAAGGCACUGGAAGAGAUGGAAAGUAAGGAAUGGCUAGAAAAGAACUCAAAGAGCUGCCCAUGCUGUGGGACUCCCAUAGAGAAACUAGAUGGAUGUAACAAGAUGACAUGUACUGGCUGUAUGCAGUAUUUCUGCUGGAUUUGCAUGGGUUCUCUCUCUAGAGCAAACCCUUAUAAACAUUUCACCGAUCCUGCUUCCCCGUGUUUUAACCGGUUGUUCCAUGCUGUGGAUGUUAAUGGAGAUAUUUGGGAAGAUGAGAUUGAAGACUAGUUAACUCCUGCUCAAGAUAAGGAAGUGGAAUGGUUUGCCCUAAUCUUUUGUUGAGUACACAAAAUAACUUUGCAGGAUAUUUAGGGUACCAUUAAUUCACUCUUCCUUUAUAGAAGAUGUGGAAGAACAAGGUUUCUAUUUUCGUGUGGUACUACUGACUAAGGCACAUUCUUAUGUUUUUCAAUGUAACAUAAAUUAUAAGCCAAAGGUUCAGAAAAUGAAAACUAGAGAAUAUUAAAUACUACAGUGUGCCCGAAGCUCUGAAUAGUUAAAAAGUAAAUAUUUAUUUUCAUCCCCAAGCUUUAGGUGAGGAGAAGAGUAAAGGGUUAAACUUAUAGACCUUUUUAUCUGAAAGCAUCCAUCUGAGGCAUUAUGUGGGAGUCCCCUCAGUACUACGCCUUAGAACUGGGGUGGGUAGAAAGAAGCCUUAUUAAAAUUGUACUGAGAGCCUGAUCUCAUUAACUCCGUGUUACAUUCCUUUAAACCUACGUUUCUGCCAAGUUAGUUUUCUUCAGAGGAAGCCCUUUACUCUGUAGCUGAUUGGCUGGCUCAGCAUCAUUUUGAUCUACUGCUUCUCAGAAUAGAAAUUUAUAGAUAAUUUUAAAAAUAUUUUUUAUGCCACAAACACUGUGGGUUGCCUGGUAUUUAUUAGUGGUGUGCAGUCUACUGGUUUUGAGCCAAGUCUAGAAUUUAAUGAUCCUGGCCCAGAAGAAUGUCAGUCCCAUUCAACUCUUCUGGACCAUAGAACCCAGAUUCAAAAUGACUUGUCUUUGCUACCUUUUGUUUAUCCUUCUCUUCCUUCACUCUGACCCUACCUUCCAUCAGUAAGGACGAUUUUAAUAUUAACUCCAGCGUCUCAUAUUUUUAUUUCUGCUGGUGUAAGAGAAAACCUAAUAUAUUCCCAAGCUGAACAAGCUGUACUUUCCUUAAUUACCUCCAUUUUGAACUCCAUACUAUUGUAGUUCCAGUCCUCAUUUUCUGGAUUCUUUUUAAAGGCCUUCUCUAAUGAGCUACGGAAAUUUGGCUUCCUAUCCUUUUUUGUAACAACAAUGUUUGGGGCGAUAAUUUUAAUUCCUAGAUCCCUGUUUCUGGGUUCUGAUGGCUUUUGAAAAAUUCUUUCCUUAUUUUGAAAAAAUGUCUUUCCAUUGGUGAAUGGCGUGGUGGGAAAAUAAGAUUUUUUUGAAAAAGAGGACAGAGGGAUCCAGCUGCAGCUGUGAACAUGUUCUUUUUCCCCAAAUUGUCAUUGAAAACUGGGGAGUCACUUUCAACCAUUUGUGUGUGUGUAUAUCCAGAGUCAGCAAGGACUGUUUCUGGAUUGUCAAUGAGGCUGCUUAAUCUUAAAAUAAAAGUAAUUUAAAAAUUGUCUUAUAA